GGGGGGGGGGUGAGGUGAGGUGAGGUGGUGAGGAGGUCUACGAGUGGGGUGAGGUGAGGUGAAGGUGGGAAGCACGUGGCAGCGAUGGCGCCAACAACAUGGCGACGAAAACAACAACAACAACAACAGCAACAACAACCUCGACAGAGAAAUCAACAGCGACGGGGUGUAACUCGACCGGCCCGAUCCACGACCACGAGGCCCAAGCAACAGCCCCCCGCAACAACAGCAGCAGCAGCAGGCGAGGCUCUGCUGCCUCUCGAAAGUUGCAUGUGUCCCGUGUGUCUGGACAUCCUGGUGGAGCCCGUGACGAUGCCGUGCGGACACUCGCUGUGCGCUCCCUGCUUCGCGCAGUGCGUCGAGAAGGCGGCCCUCUGCUGCCCGCUGUGCCGGGCCCGCGUCUCCAGCUGGGCCCGGCGGAGGGCCCGCGAGCCGGGCGGCCUCCUGGACGCGGAGCUGUGGAGCAGACUGCGGGCACAGCACCCAGAGCGGUGCCUCAAGAGGAUGCGGGAACGUGGUGACGGUGGUGGUGGUGACGGUGGUGGUGACGGUGGUGGUGGUGAUGGCGGAGGUGGUGAUGAUGAUGGUGGUGACGGUGGUGGUGAUGGCGGAGGAGGUGAUGAUGAUGGUGGUGACGGUGGUGGUGAUGGCGGAGGAGGUGAUGAUGAUGGGCCCCUGUUUCAAGCUCCCGUGCUCGUCAGCCGACCCGGGGAGGUGCGCCGCGAGUACCAAGAGCAGUACGAGAAGCUGCAAGCGGAGCGGCUGGCCCAGGAUGAGGAGGAGCGGCGUCUGUCGGAGCGCCUCAUUGCCCAGCUGAUGGAGGAUGAGCAGCAGCAGGAGCUGGCGGCCCGUGCGCAGCAGGAGGCCAUGGACAGCGAGUUGGCUCGCAGGCUCAGCCUCGCCAAGGAGGAAAAGCCGGUGCAGAUGUCAUCGUGGUCCUUGAUGAAUCAGAGGUCGCGUUCGAAGACUCUGAGUCCACGCACCCCGGUCCAGGAAUCCACAUCCGUCUCCAAGGGCAUAGAGAGGUUCCUCUCUCCCGUCCGGACACUACCAACGUCUCCAUCGCCGCCCGUGCACCACCGCAGAACCGGACUGUCGCUGCAGCCAGGCACCAGCGCGGCCACCAGCACCACCACCACCUCCGCCAGCAGCAGCGGGGGGAGGUGGGAGGACGACACUCGCCACCACCACCACCAGCAGCUUCACCAGCUCCCCCACGGUAGCGCUCGCAGCAGCGACGACAGCAGGGAGGGCAGUACUCGGCAGCAGCAGCAGCAGAACCUCCUGUGCACCAGCAGCAGCAACAGCAGGAGCAGCAGCAGCGAGGGCAGCGCUCGGCAACGGCGGCCACAGCAGCAGCAGCAGGAACUUUUGUGUAGCAACAGCAGCAACAACAACAACAGCAGCAUCAGCAGCAACAGCAGAGAGUGCCGGACACAGCAGCCACAGCUCCUCCCGCACCGCAGCAACAGCAGCAACAGCAGCAACAGCAACAGCAGCAACAGCAGCAGGGACGGCGGCGCGAGCAGCGGGGGCGACAGCAUCACGCAGGAGCUGAACCACUUCAAGCCCAUCGUGAGCUGCCCCCGCACGCCGCCCAAGCAGCUCCCGGACGGGCGCGUCCUCUCCCCCGCCCUCGUCAAGGCGACGCCCAUCAAGCCCACCACCGCCACCGUAACCGCCUCGUCGUCCACCUCCUCCUCGUCGUCCUCGCUGCGAGCGGAGGUGCCGGUGGUGGAGCUGGUCGCGAGCGCGGGGCGGGCAAAGGGGCGCAGGCCGUGCCGGGCGCUGGCGGAGGGAGCCUGGAGGUCGUCGCGCCGAGGGCGGCGAGCGGACGACGACUUGGAGCUGGAGCUGCCGCCCUCGCUGUUCCGCUGGCCCAUGGCGCCGAGCGGAUCCUCCGCGACUAAAAGCGACGGUGGCGGAGGAAGAGGCGAGCGGGGAGCGCCGGGAAUCCGCGCGACGACGCGCGACGCCUCUGGAGCCAAGCGGCACCUCCCCUCCUCCUCGCCGCCGCCGCCGUCGUCGGCAAGAAAGACAAACGGAGGAGUUGGCGGCGGCGGUGCGGCGAACGUUGAUGACUACGACGCCGACACCGCCGCCGCCGUCGCCUUAGUGAGGCGGCAGGACGAGGAGGAGGAGGAGCGGCUGGCGCUCCAGGAGGACCGGGACCGCUGCCUCGCUCGGCGCCUCCAGCGGCAGCUCAACUCGGAGGCCAAAGCGGUCGACCGCAGCGCCGGCUCGGCCUCCGCGUACGACUUACGGCGCCAACGCUCCUGCCACCUCGCGGCAACGGGGGCGGCGGCGGCGGCUUCCGGCGGCGGACGGAGUCGGAGGUCGACCGGCGGGUCGAGGAGACGUCGGCCCAAGGAGGCCGCCGGAGACGCGCGGGGAGCGAAGGGCAGCCCGGCAGGAAGAGGGCCGUAUCGGCAGCGGCGGCGUCGGAUGGGAAGGGCGGCGGAGGUCAAGGAAAGAGUGGCAGCAGUUGCAGCGCUGUUUGGGGACCGUCGAACGGCCCUGCCAACUGGGGACGACGCCGUUGAUUUUGGGGCGGCUGGGCCCUCGAAGUGA